GCCAGAAACACACAUGGAUACCGUGGAAGUCUUGCAAGUGGAUCGCAAAGAUGCACAUAUCAAUCUGGAAUUCGGGCUUAAAGCCAGAAUUGCAGGAAUGCAACACGUGUUGCAGAGGACUCUUUCACUGCCCUCUGUGCCCCACUUUCAGCCCUACUGUCAGGGCAAAGAUUGACGAGCAUCUAAGUGUGCAUAUAAAAAAUGCUUUGCAUUUUAACGAUAAAAUGAUAUGCCGGUGCAGGCUGUCUUGUAGGACAACAGGACACUUUCACUGCCCUGUCUGUAAGAUUACAAUCAUACGGCGUGGGGAUAUGGCAAGGCAUUUAUUGUCUUGCCAGCAUUCUUCAAUGCCAAGUCAGCCACCAUUAUCAGGACUGCUCCCCGCUGAACUCUCUGAGGAGACCCGUAUUCCUCCGGCAGUACUCUUCGAGGAGCCCCGUCUCCCCCCCAAGGUUUUGUCUUCGGUAUCUGAACCAUUUUCUGAAUCUUUGUUAGAACAUUCAUAUGCUCUACCCUCUGUGUUCAAUAAAAUUGCAGCUGAUGGAAAGUCCAUGAAAAUGACAUGCCCUCACUGUGGCCUUACUCUUCGUACAAAAAACUACAAGGCUCACAUGAUGAGGAGGCACUCCAACCAAUCAAUAGAUGUUUGCCUGGCCAGUCAUCUGCAGUGUGUUUGUGUAGAUGAAACUACAGGGUUAUUUGCUGUGCAGAGAAUGGCCAUGGGUUUUCUGUGCCAGUUCACGUUCAGAGGAAAACAUGGGGGAUGUCUCACAAUAUCAGAUGUGAGCUGGAGGAAUGUCAGCAAUACCAGUUGCUGGCCCAGCGGAGCGGACUAGGCUUCAGUUUAUGUGAGCACCUUCGCUCACUAGAUUACUGCCGAGAAACUGUAAAGGAGGUUUUUCUUCAAGAGCACAUUGUGAUGGAAAUGGUGGACCUUAAAUUUUUUGGAGAGGCCAAAGCUGCUACAUGCAUAAAGAGACAGAAAGCUGCCCAGAUGGCACAUGCUCCACUUUGUGUGAGGGUGGAUUUUGGUGGAUCCUCAACACAGAUCUGUUUGUCUGUAUUUGAGCCGGAAAUACACAGUUUCUGCCGUCUUGGCAGAAUAUUUGUGACUUACAAUGCUCUGAGGAACACCUGGCAUUGUGCUUGUGCAAAGCCACGAUUAUCAUGUCCUCAUAAAAGCAUAGCUAAAUGGCAUCUCUUCCAGACACAGAGAGACAUCUUCAAAUCAACUGUACCACUAUCAUCAGGCACCCCAUCACAGAUGACUCAGGAGAGUUCUUCCUUUGAGGACAAUGCUGCCGUCGAAAGGAGUAUACGCUAUAUUUUUAAAGAGAAAAAAAUUCCUGGAUCUCUUCCAGAAAAUGUCAUCUCACAGAAAAUGGAUCAUCAGAAACAGCUCUUUCCAUGUGAAACGUUGUGCCAGGUGUGCCCAGAGCACCCAAAACUUGAUGAGGCUGUUGUAAUUACCAAUAAAGCGAGGAUUGUCAGCAUGAUGGGAGUGACUGAGAAUGUUUCAACACACCAUAGAUCGUGUCCUCAGUGCCACAUGGUCUACAGAUACCAGGAGUGGACGGAUGAGCUUCACAACUUUGACAACCACGUUGUUUUGUCUCUUGAACUCUGCCUUUUUUUGAGAGAAAAUCUGCAGAACCAUGUAUCCGCUUCAAGGGUCAUUGACUCAUUGGAGGGCUUAAGAAGAGUGAAGUUUCCUUCUAGGGAUACCAUUUUUCAUGCUUAUUGCCAUUUUGAGGCUUUGACUGACGCAGAAUACAUGUACUCCUGCAUAAACUGUGGGUUUCACCCCCCUGUGGUAGUUAUGGACUUACACAGAAAAGGGGUGUUCAAGUUAGCAGUGAGUGACCUCAAAGCCCCGGAAGACUUCAAUGGUGAACAUGACAUUGAAGGUUUUUGGAACUCUAUUCACCUGGAAAUGAUAAGCCGUGGGUUUUUUCCAAGCGGCGUGAAGAAUCCAUUUUCAGUUCCACCAAGUUACAUGCACUGGGCACCAUGGAUCGGGAGUGAAACUCGAACAAGUGACAUUGUGCUCAACACAGAGUUUCAAAAAGUAGGAACAAGCUCUUCACAUGAAGCAAAGCUUAGCAGUGUCACAGAAGACCGUCUGUUGGAUGAACUCGCCAAACAAAAGGUUGGAGUGGUGAGAAAAUUGUGUAAAGCAUGCAACAUCGACUCCAAAGGCUCCCGCUUUGAUCUCAUCACCAGACUGAGGGAGAAGAUGAAGAGCAGGCAUGAUAAGGUCUUUCAAAGCAUAUGGGGUGCCUCUGGAGGAUGGUCUGUAAUACUAUGGCCACAUGGCAUUGUAUACAGUGUUAAAUUUAAUCUUCGUGCUAAAAGUCCCCGGGAUUUUGCUGACCUUCUCCUGUCCUGGAAGCACAUGCCAAAUGUCUGUGUUUACGAUUUUGCGAGGGGUUUGGCGGCACACACCAAUUUGUGGGUUCCUGAUAAACUGCUAUUUCAUCCACAUGAAGGCCGACUGGCUGAGCCCACUGAGGAAAAUGUCAAGGCUGCACAGGAUGGAAGCCUGAAAGUGAAUCUUCCAUGGCUACAUGAAAGGAUGGAUAGUGUAAAUGAAAAUCCUCAUCCUGUCACUGGAUCAUCUGACCAUUAUGUCCUGUAUGACAGAUUUCAUGAGGGAAAUACAAAAGAUCCCAAGGACAUAUUACGCAGAAUUCAACUUGUCCCAGAGCUGAAAGGCUGGCUGAACAGUCAAGUUGUUGAACAGUUCUUUGCAAACAUGAGGAAAAGCAAUUACUUUUUAAGUAAUAUGAGUCCAUCUACACAUGUGUUUUUGAUGAGAAAUAUAACUCAUCAUUAUAACACUGUCACCAACAAGAAACUUCUGGAGAGGCAGCUAAGACAUGGUCGACUUGGAAAGAUCAAUAUCUCAUUGUCGGCACUGGGUCAAGCUGUCGUAGCCCCACAGGUGUGCAAUAAACCCAGAGAAACCACAGAAACGGUGUUGAACCCAGCACCUUCAAUGUCUGAACCUCAGGUAAGAGUUGACAACAAGAAAGCCAAUAGAAGGUCAACAGAUGGAACUUUUCCUGACCUGUGUGGACCACCGUGCGAAGUUCUGACAAAGCCUGAGAACAUUUUGGCCAGCCGUUCAUCAUGGUGUUUUGUACCGCACGCUGGCCAACAACAGCUUGUAUGUUAA